AUGACCCUCGGGGGGACCACGAGCGACAACACGCGCCUGCUCGGCCAGGCUCCAGAGGAGGAGGAGGAGGAGGAGGAGGAGGAGGAGGAGGAGGAGGAGGAGGAGGAGGAGGAGGAGGAGGAGGAGGAGAUGCAGGCGGAGGGCGUGAGGGAGGUGGCCGUGGCAACCGGCCUGGAGGUGCUGUACCAGGAGACCCCCAACUGCCGCGGAGCGGCGGCCGAGGCUGACCGCAUGAUCGAGCCUAGGGAGACAGCUAGGCAUGCCUGGCGAGUGCCAGACCUGGGUGUAGAGCCUGUUGUUAGUGCAGGUAAGGCUCGUUAA